AUGUCUAAAUAUAUACCACCACAACUUCUUAUUGGGAUUGAACUUUUGUCACAAAAUCUUCUUCCAGCAAUAGUAGAGUUAGCUGAAGAUAAACAAUGGCGUGUUCGCCUCGCUAUUAUUGACUAUAUUCCAUUACUUGCCAGUCAAUUAGGUGUUAAUUUUUUUAAUGAUAAAUUGGGAGCCCUUUGUAUGUCAUGGUUAGGUGAUAGUGUAUAUUCUAUACGUGAGGCAGCAACUAUAAAUUUAAAAAAAUUGACAGAAGUUUUUGGUGUUGAAUGGGCAAAAAGUUCUGGAUAUCAACUUCGACAAGAUGAUCCUUUAGCGUUAAAAGAAAUAAUUCAACAAGUGCAAGUUGAGGUUAACAAAAAAGAUUUAAAAAAGUUAGGAUCUAGAACGAAAUUUAUGAUAGAAAAGAUUACAGAAUUAAAAAAUAACAGAUUAAAACAACAAACGGCAAUUUCAAGUGUGGAAAGUGUUUUAAGAAUGAAAAAGUUUUUGGCUAAUUUAAACAAAAAAAUGCAUGUCCAAGCAACUGAACCAUUAAGGGUUAGUUUAGAAGAUAUUCAAUCAGUUGAAACAAAAGGAAAAUGGUGGCUUGUUGGAUCUUCUUGGACAGCAAAUUUAGUAGAUGAUCCUUCUACCUCAACAUCAACGAUUAAGAAAAAUGAUACAAAAAGUGACGAUUCUUUCAAUAAGGAAUUUUUCAAACUUGCUGAACAACAUAAAAUGAACACUGAAGUUAGAAAAGGCAUUUUUGUGAUAUUGAUGAGUAGUGAGGUUAAAAAAAAAAUUUUUUUAAAUAAGUAG